GCCAUCAGAACGAGACGCAAAGUCUAGCGAAGGACUUGGCGGAGCUUCGAAGGCAGAUCGCCGAAGGCGAGGCAAAGAGCCGCGAGGACCGGCAGCGAUGCGAGGAGGCCCAGCAGCGCCUGCGAGAAGGCUUCAAGAAGGCCGGCUACCGCCGCAACGAGGCCCAUCGCCAGAGAUCUAG